CUUAGCAAUAGUUAGCAUCCAUGGCGCCAAUUUUACCGCCAAAUCUUCCCGCCAUUCUUUCUUUCUAUAUAACAACGCAGAAAACCCACUCCAAAAUUGCCACCACUACACCCAUUGUAUUUGCCAUAACACUAUCUCUUUCAUCUGUUUGUUAAAAAUUACUCACUGAAGCCAAAACAAUUGAAAACUCACCCAAAUCAGCUAUGGUAGUACCUCUGGGGCCUGGAAAGUUCUAUGGCAGCAGCCUCCCACGGCCUCGCAUCUACACCGACACCAAGUUCAACUCGGAACGGGUAGAUCCGCCGGUUCCCGUCAUGGAUCCGCUCCUCUCCUGGGCCAACGAGGCCCAUUGGUCCAUGGGUGGUCUCAGCUUCAAGCGCCUCCGCCUUCAAGGUCGGAUCGAGGGCUCCGUCAGUAAACUCUGCAAAGAGCGCGAAAAGAUUGAAAAAUCACAAGCCAAAUAUACCUCAAAUGACUCAGGUACUAAUAACAAGAAAAGGGCGGCUUCAGUUUCACCUCCUCCCGCUCCAGUGGCAGUAAAGAAGAGGAGAUUCUUGGCUUUGAGUGAUGAAGAGGAAGAGGAAGAAGUGCACGAAGUUGUAGAGAAAAAGAAGGGGAGUUACAGGAGGAAAUUAAUGAAAGAUUUUGAUAGAGUGGCGGGGGAUGAGGAGUCGGCGGGAGUGAAGACGAGGAAUAAGGUGAAGAGUGAGAUUAGAACUUCCCCAAGAUUGGCUAAGCGUGGAUCCAAAUAGAUUAUAUUUUAAUCUUCUUGUUAUGAGUGUAGAGUUAGUUUCUUUGUGGUAUUUUUCUAUUAGGAUUUAUGUGUGUGUUAGCCUUUGGAAAUAGAAAUAUGGAAUGAGAUGUUUGACCAGGAUGGGAGUUUUCAGGUUUAAAUUUAUAUGAAUGGAAAAUGAGAACUGUAAAUGUUGUGUUUCAUUUCAGCUUCAAGUUGAGGCUCCUGAAAUCAUUCCACUGAUAACAGAAAUGAACUUGUGAUCUAAUGGAUGUUUGUUGGAGGCUUCAGCCUGUGCCCGUACUUAUAUCUCCUCACAAGCUCCAUUGCUCCAAAUAAUAUUAUAAUUUAUAA